CGGGAGCCAUGAAGGCCAAGAAGUCCUUCCGGCGGCGGAGGGAGGAGGACGAAGAGGAGGAAGAGGAUGAGCAGGUCGCUGAGGAGGUCAGGUUAAAACUUGAGGAAGCCAAAGAAGUUCAGAGCCUCAGAAAGAGGCCCAAUGGGGUGAGUGCUGUAGCUCUGCUUGUGGGAGAGAAGCUGCAAGAAGAAGCAACUCUUGUGGAUGACCCAUUUAAAAUAAAAUCUGGGGGAAUGGUGGACAUGAAGAAGCUGAAAGAAAGAGGCAAGGACAGGAUUAAUGAAGAGGAAGAUCUAAACUUGGGAACUUCCUUCUCAGCUGAAACCAACAGGCGGGAUGAAGAUGCUGACAUGAUGAAGUACAUUGAGACUGAGCUGAAGAAGAGAAAGGGGAUUGUGGAGAAUGAGGAGCAGAAGGUGAAGCUUAAGAACGCCGAGGAUUCUCUGUAUGAGCUGCCAGAGAACAUCCGUGUCUCCUCUGCAAAGAAGACUGAGGAGAUGUUGUCCAACCAGAUGCUGAGUGGUAUUCCUGAAGUGGAUCUGGGAAUUGAUGCAAAAAUAAAAAACAUCAUCUCAACUGAAGAGGCCAAGGCCAAGCUGCUGGCAGAGCAGCAGAACAAAAAGAAAGACAGUGAAACUUCCUUUGUUCCCACCAACAUGGCCGUUAACUACGUCCAGCACAACAGAUUUUAUCACGAGGAGCUAAAUGCACCAGUUCGAAGGAACAAAGAAGAGCCAAAGCCCCGUCCUCUGAGAGUGGGAGAUACAGAGAGGCCAGAACCUGAGCGGUCUCCUCCAAAUCGCAAACGUCCUCUCAAUGAAAAGGCAACAGAUGAUUACCACUAUGAGAAGUUCAAGAAGAUGAAUAGGCGAUACUGAUGAAGGUGGACU